GGGAGGAAUUAGUGAACGAAACUGUCCCGUACAGCCAUGUUCCACAUCAGCGAGCGAUUUGUUGAGCAAUUACAGUGUGUGAGAGGGGUUUCAGCCAUGUGCUGAACUCACAUUGCCUUUUUAAAAACAUUUUCCAGCCGAGUCGCCGCCUCGGAUGCGAGUCUCCCGAGUCGUCUCUGACACCAUGCUAGCCACAGUGACGGCUGUGGUUAGGUUUACUCAAUACAAUGGCAGUGUUGCGCCCACGUCGUGGGAGAACACAUCGGCAUCCCCCACUUGGAAACCGGAUCCCGAAGCCAACAUCACCAGGCCUCACAAGUGUCUGCAAGUUCUGUAUGAGGACAUUGGGAGCUCGAGGGUGCGUUUCUGGGACAUAUUACUGCUCGUGCCUAACGUGGCCUUCCUUGUGUUCCUGAUGUGGAAGCUGCCCUCCGCCAGGGCAAAGAUUCGACUCACCUCCAGCCCCAUCUUCGUCACCUUUUACCUGCUGGUGUUUGUUGUAGCAGCAGUUGGAAUCACCCGGGCCAUAGUGUCCAUGACUGUCAGUGCGUCCAGUGCUGCCACCAUCAUAGACAAAGUGCUGUGGGAAAUCACCCGAUUCUUCUUGUUGGCGAUUGAGCUCAGUGUUGUCAUCUUGGGACUGGCUUUCGGUCACCUGGAGAGCAAGUCCAGCAUAAAGCGUGUGCUGGCCAUCACUGCUGUGCUGGCUCUGGGGUACUCCAUAACACAGGGCACACUAGAGAUCCUUUAUCCAGACAGUCACCUCUCUGCUGAGGACUUCAACAUCUACGGCCACGGAGGACGGCACUUCUGGUUGGCCAGUUCCAGCUUCUUCUUCCUGGUGUACUCUUUGAUUGUGAUCUUGCCUAAAACUCCAGUGAGGGAGAGGAUAUCUCUGCCAUCUAAGAGGAGUUUCUAUGUGUAUGCUGCCAUCCUGGCUUUACUGAACCUUGUCCAGGGCCUGGGCAGCGCUCUGCUAUGUGCUGGAAUCAUCGAGGGCCUCUGCUGUGUGGAUGUCACCACGUUCCUGUAUUUCUCCACAUUUGCUCCGCUCAUCUAUGUCACAUUCCUCAAAGGCUUCUUUGGUUCAGAGCCCAAGAUCCUGUUUUCCUACAAGUCACAGGUAGAUGAGCCGGACGAAAGUGAUGUCCACCUUCCCCCCACUGUCGCUACAACUCUGGGCCGCAAGGAGCUGACUGACCAGGGCCUGUUCUACUCCUCCACCCAGAUUGAUGGCUCUGGUCCUAGCAGCUCUCGUAUGGUGGGAGCAUAUCUGGAUGAUGUUGCCUCUGGACCCUACGGCUCCAGUAGCAUUAAUAGCAUUGAAGCUGACCGCUGGAGACCUAUCAAUGCAUGAAAGGACAAAGAGUGGAGUGGAGAAAGAAGAAGAUGGUUGUCCAGCUGGACUUAAACGUUACGCACGUUACGCACGUUACGCACGUGACGUGUAUUAGGCAGGAUGGCAACCAGAGGAGUUGGCCAAAACAAAGUAUUUGGACAUCAAGGAAGACUAAUCUUAGUCCUUCUCUGAGCCCAAGAUAAGUUAACAAGUUAACAAGUAGACACUUGACGAGGGACCUUUGCUCACCAAUUAUAUGGAGGACUGUGAAUUUAACAACUGCUUUUGUAACACUGUUGCCACUGCUGCUGUAGCUCCACACUAGGAAAACUAUCCCUCAUCGUGGCCCCUGACAGACUCCAUAUUGAUUGUGUUCCACAGGCUUUUGACAUGCAGGGGCUUAGCGACUCGUCUCAGCACGUCUUCUGUCAUUCCAGCAUCAACCGCUCAAUCUUCAGUGAUGUCGUUUUAGCCCCAUUUUAAGUACACAACUAUUACAGACCUAUCUAACAUUCUUUUGAUGUCAACUCAACAUCUGUACAUUCCCACUAAAGCCUUUGAGUAACAGCAUCUCUACUGACUUUGUUAUCUGCUGCCUCUUCACCGUGCCUCUUCAUACAAGGCAAGACUCAUGCUGAUUCAUUCCCAUAGGUGUACUUUGUCUUCUGAAGUAGGUGCUGUUCUUCCUGUUAUCAAGUGAACGGUGUUAGUCAUGUGUGUGUCACUGCAGUGUAAUAAGGAAAUUGAUCGCCUAAGUGCAGGCAUUGCAUUACCUUCAAAGACCACACGACAUCUGUGAGGCUGAGACCAGAACCAUUCUUGAACAAAUCAAAUAGCUUCUCAGGCAUAACCUCUCCUUCCAUGUCUUUCUGCUUUUAUUUAUUCCUUUUUGGUUUUGGUUUGAUUUCUCACAUGAUUAAUCAUUCUUGCUACUGAAAGCACAUUCGUCCGCCUCAUCGUCAAUAAGAAAGUGUAAUAAUUUGUGUGAUCUAAACAACAAAUGUGUAGAAACCUGCCUAUGUUGUGUAUUCAAAUUCGAAACCUGUGCGCUGUUCAUAUCAGCAGAUCUAAAUUAGCCAAUUCAGCUGGGGUUGCUGUUGCAAAGUUGAGUUUUUAUUUUGCUGCUAACCUCUUUUCCCUCCCUGUGUUUAGAGUUUUUAUCAAUGUUAUUGCAAGUAGUAAAGUUAGACCAAAAAGAAAAAUGUUGCUGAAUUUCGUAUCAUCAAAGGGUGGUACUCAUACGGCUUCAUUAUAACGAUAACUUUUCAUUCCUUCUGAGCAAUAAAUGCUCGGGCAGUUGAGUCAGUGAUGGGUAGUUCUAAGAUUACGUGGGGGAUAAAACUACUGCACUGUUGCAGAUGAUUUUUUUUCAUUCUGAUUUAUUUUAUUUCAAGUUUGACUUGUUCGUGUCUCGGCUCAACUCAUGAAAUCAUACUUGACAUACAAAGUAUUAUUACAAUUAUAUAUUUGGGUCUUUUGAAACCACCUCACAUCACAUGUACAGUGAGAAAAUAGUGAUGUUGGUUUUCCCCUGAACAUACUAUAUGAUUAGUAUGAAUGGAUUACUGUAUUUAAUCUCGCAGUAUUCAUAGAUUGUGGUGAAUUGUACACAGAAAAUAUAGGGUUGCAUUUAUUUUUUCACCAUGAUAAAGAAAGUAGAAAAAAGAAAAUACAGUAUUUGACUGACUUAAGACGUUUUUAUUUGUAUUUGAGUGCUCAUGAACGCUGCUGCAUAACUUGGAAUAAGAACAGUGGUUUGGAAAUCAAUUUUCUGUUUUACGACAUGCGUUCACACGCUGCAUUGUCAUUGAAUUGAAAUGCACGCUCUGGAUUCACAAGAUGUUUGUUGGUGAAAUAAUUUAGCAAAUGAUGUGUAAAUUGCCUUCUUUUAUUUAAGUGCAUUUGAUUGUAUAAUAUUCAGCCCGUUCUAAUGCAAUGUGGUGAGCAUUGCCUGAGCUACAGAAUAAAUCGUGGACUCUUC